AUGUCAACAAAUUCAAUUUUCAGUGAUGCUAAAAGAAAUCAAUUAGUUAUGGUUCAUGAAGAACAUAGUGUCAAUGAAGGUGAUAAAUUAGUGCUGAGGGCUGAUUUGGAUAGAGCAAAGCAAAAACUAAUACAACAAGAUCAAGAUUAUGAGUCAAGUAUUAAAUUGGUUGAAUCUAGUGACUUUGCAAUUCCCUAUCCAGGUGUCGAUGGUGAUGCAAUUGCUGAAUUAGCUGCUAUCUCUGAUGAUUCUUUUCAAAGUGAUCCUAUUAAUGCUGCAUUGUUGAAAUUAGAAGGUACUUAUACUAUCAAUAAAGGCUCAAACAGAUCAAUUGAUUCCAAGGAAUUACAAAGACAAGUUGAUGAUCUGGAUAUUAAGAGCGCCAGAAAUUCGGUUUUCGUUGAUCAAAGAAGAAAAACCAAAUUAUUUUCAUUAACACCCGUUAAACAGAAACCAAUUUCUAUUCAAUCAAGUUCCAAAAUAUUGUUAGAGUUGUUGAUAAAUCAUAAGAUAACAAAUGAAGUUUUAUCAAUUGGUAAUAAUGCUAAUCAUAUUUCAUUCAUUUUGAAUUUUGAUUCCAAAACAUUAGCACAACAGUUUACAUUGGUUGAAAAAGAUUGUUUAUUAGAGAUUGAUUGGAAAGAAUUGAUAGAAUUGAAAUGGAACUUCAAUAAUAUUGUCUCCAUUAAUAGUUGGUUGGAAUUGUUGAUUCAAAAUGAAACAAUCAAAGGGAUUGAUCUAUGUAUCUCAAGAUUUAACCUCACAGUUAAUUGGAUCAUUUCAGAAAUUUUGUUAACCAAGGAUAUCACAUUAAGAAAAUUAACCAUACAAAGAUUCAUUCAUAUUGCACAAAAUUGUAUGAUGUUACAAAAUUAUUCAACAUUGAUGGAGAUAUUGUUAGCUUUAGGAUCUGAUAAAAUUUUGAAAUUGAAAAAUACUUGGAGAAUAAUUGAACCUGGUGAUAUUUUGAUUUAUAAGAAUCUUGAAAAAAUCUCAUCACCUUUCAAGAAUUUUGCAAAUUUGAGAAAUGAAUUGAAUAAUUUGAAACCAUCAAAAGGUUGUGUUCCAUUCCUAGGUUUACAUUUAUCAGAUUUGAUUUUCAAUAAGGAAAAAAAUUCAACAAAAAAUGAUUUGAUCAAUUUCAACAAGUUUAGAACAGAUUCCAAGAUUGUUAAAUCAUUAAUUCAGUGUAUCCAAUGGAGUACUUUAUAUAGACUGGAUUCAGCGGAUGAAGUUUUGAGUAAAUGUCUUUACAUUAAGGCACUAGAUGAAGAGGAGAUGAAUGAAUGUUUGAAAGAUAUUGAAGGGACAGUUUGA